UGGAAGUCUCUGGAUAUUUCUAACAUGGACCUGGAGGUUGUCACCGCUAAAAUGCUGUCUGAGUGGAAGAGCCAUGAGAGCUCUUUUGGAGAAGAUCGGAACUCACUUCAGUCCACCUCCCCGGAGUCCUCCAUAGACUCCAUGUGCUCCUCUCCGGAGAUGUGCUGCUCCAGUGGGAACCAGGAGAUGCAGGACUUCUCUUUCGGCUUCUCGGGCCGGAGGACGACUCCAACGGCGCAGAGGAUGAGCAAACCCAAGAUGUCCACCAAGAGACGCUCCAAGGCCAGCGAGAGGGAGAAGAUGCGGAUGAGGAGCCUUGCGGAGGCUCUGCACCAUCUCCGAGACUACCUGCCGCCGGACUACAGCAAGAGAGGCCAACCCCUGACCAAGAUACAAACCCUCAAGUACACCAUUGAAUACAUCAACAAGCUCUCGGGCAUCCUGACCCGCGCGUAA